AUGGUAUCGCAUCGAUUUAUUUUUAUCGCUGUGAUCUGCUUGUUGAAUGCUCCUAGCUCGCUCCAAUUGACCAAACCAGUACCCCUCACUGAUAUCAAGUGCAGUAAAAAACGACAGUUACGGCCCGGUGAUUGCGCAAGGGCAUACCAAAAAAUUAUCUACGACACAGAUCUGACUCUUGACCAAAGUGAAAUUACCCUUGAAAAGGUUUCCGGAAGCUGUGUUACGCGCAUAGACAAUCCAAAAUUCCUGAAUGUUCCGAAGGAAAUAAUUGAAGAUGCCUUCAACCAAGUCGUAACAAAAUGCGACGGCGUUCCCGGCCAUGCGAAUCUCACAAGUUUUGAUGGGGUUCGCGUGCUGGUCAGGCAUCAUACUCGCCCUAGUGUAUAUGGCUACGAGGAUGAUACGGAGUUAAACCAAUCGAUCUGCUUCCGUGAUUCCGACACACAAGACAUAGUGGAGGAGGAUUGUAUGGAGGCCUACAGACUGCUCCCUACUGACACUGCAGGUCACUUUUUGUCGGUUGAGCACCACGUACAAGGUAAUUCAAUUGGCUUGACGUUCAAAACAUGUCUCGUGAGUGUAUGGACAUCUGAUGGCUCAAAGAUCAUUGUCUUAAAGGGUGAUAUGGAAAGGUUGUUUGGAAAGCUGAUGCAGCAAUGCAAGGUCAAUGGGAAGGGAGGGACUUUAAUCACUGAAGGAGCUCAGGGGAAAAAUGGAAAAGUGAACCUGCAGGUUUCUACUCCAAAAACAUGA